AUGGGGCUCCGAGUCACGUGCUUCCACUGGUCGAGGGACCUGUCGAGCUCGGCCCAACACGGCCCCGGGGGUGCCUCCUUCACCCCUGGGGCACUGGCCUCGCCACCCAGUGCCGGUGGCCUCGCCCACCACCGGACGUGUUUGCGCGGCUCACCCCUUGGGUAUCCCUCGGCCAGACGGAUCCAUCGUGCGCCCCGCUACCUGUGGAGUACCGUGCCGGAGAGCCAGAGCUUCAGAGCAGCGGCAGCGGUCACAGGGACUGGGGUCCUGGGAAAGCGGCCCCGGGGGGAGCCCGACCCCUCGUCCUACGCAGCAUGGAUGCGCCCGUCGCGGCAGCGGCCAGCUCCGUGGCCGGAUCGCCAGGUUCCUGCACUGGAGCCUGCCGUUGAGCCAGCACAGUCCCAGGGUCCACCUUCAGACACGGUGGACGCCGCCGCGCCCGCUGCAGGGCAGGCCGCACCUUGGGCGCAUGUGUGGAGGGUCAUUUACACAUCCCAUCACGACCGGCGGCAGCGCACCACGGCCUGGCAGCUGCUUCACGGCAAGCUCUUCGUCUGCGCCUUCUCACAGCGCAUCCGCCGCGCAGAUCCAGCAGGACACAGCUGCCCGCAUAGCGGCUGCGAGAGUCAGCCCGCCACACUCACCCACGUUUUCAUCACUUGCCCCUUGGCAGCAGGAGUGUGGGACUGGCAUGCAGCGACAUGGGCAGCCGUCACAGGGGAGACCGCGCCGCCUCGCAGCACAGACCUGCUGCUGGCAAAUGACACCAGGGUGUGGGAGCCGCCGCGGCAACUCAGGCCUCUCUGA